AACAGACAACACGCCCCCCGGGAUGAUCCCCAUAGACUACUAAUGCGUUUAUUUGUACUGUCAGUCCAACCUACUGUGGAUCACAUGUGGAUCUCAAUAACAACUUACACUGUGUAAUUUUAACAUUUUAACAUACAGUUAUAUGUACAUGUACCAGCUACGAGGACAUAUGUGUUGCGAAAAUAAACAUCAUCAAACGAAAUCAUUUAAAUUGGAAUCAUAUAGCAAGCCCGGAGAGUAUCGCCUAACCACUGCUGUAGAGGAUCGUCUGUGAUCGCCUGCUGUCUCUGUGUGAUGUGAGGGACGCCCGGCCGUUCAAUGUCGCUUACAGUACGUUUUCUAAUAACGGUAUCGCCACACAUCGCUUCAAACAGACGCAUUUGAAAGUUCGCUGGACUUCUCUUAUACCUAGCGUGGAUAUAGAUCCAGACGCUAGCACGCGCGUAAUGUACCUGUAUCUGUGAAUGUAGAUAUCCGAUGGUCUUUUUCUAAACGGCUUCUUUUAACAAAGCAGCCGUAGAAUUCAUUAAAGGUCUACUCAGCAAAUAAGCGUAUUAAGACUGUCGCGCGGCUCGAACCGAGAGCUACAUUAUUACUAAUCAAGGUAUUUGAAGAAGUACUCCGAAUGUAGCCAGGUUAUAGGCCUAUUGGUUUCAGGAUUGGCAACACUAGGGGAAAGUGUUAGGCAGAGAAUUAGGUCCGUACAAAGCGAGUUCUUCCCGACGCCGGGAAGGGUCGAUUUGGCUCGGAAUUCCAGUCGGACAAGUUUGUGUUGUGUGGUGCCAAUCAGUUCAUCACUAUGUCCGCCAGUCAUCCAUCGUGUAGGUGAGAAUUAAAAAAGGCUUCGGGGGUAUAGACUAUCUACUGAUGUCUUACUUUGUGUUAACAGAUCUUUACACACGGGGCUGUCACUGAUAAGGCAGACUUUUGUACGGUGACUGAUCGUUAUAGCGGCAUCUCAUUGGGAACGAUUCAUCCCAGGGCACGCUGUAUCCUCAAAACAGUACAUUAUAUGUAUACAGUCAGUAUAUUGCUAUAGGAACUACAAGGACGACCAUUCGCGGAUCAGACCAUUAAUUCUGUGCUGUAGCUUUGGAGUGUUCCGUUGAUAACUUAAAUCAAACAAUUUUAUACUUUCUAUUCUCUAGAUCAAUUUCUGUCGUUAAAUCUUGCAGUCUGACGUUUUGGGUCACAUCGGUGAUAGGCUGCAUCCAUGCUUUAAUUAAAGCUAAUGGGAUUUACAACAACGAUCAGCAAACACCGGCACAGAAAGCGAAUACAGUGACAAUGUGUUCUUAACUGGAUAGUUUUAUGUUCACCUGUAUCUAAAUAUCACCGAGCGUAUUCAGGUCGCUAUAACUACCAGCAAAGAUAAUACAUUUGAAGCUAAUGUGACGUCAAUGCCUUUGAAAUACAUUUCUGUCUGUGAUCUACAUUUAAGGUAAAACACAGGUAACAGACACACGUGGAGUAUAUAAAAUGGACAUUUCCGUGGUCAUCCUUGGACUUUUUGCUGCAUUUCUCCGGACAGUGGACACAACAACUACAGAUCCAUGUUCCAUUUCGUCGACAGGAUAUGAAAGUUUUAUAACUGAUGUACCAGAAGAUACACCCGUUGGUUCUGUAUUGGGGAAGCUAGAUGUCUUAGGCGGCCCUGAUACAGUGAACUUGGCUCAACAAUCCAACAAUUAUCUCCACCUGGAUCAAGUCAGCCGGAACAUCACUCUCCAGGUGGCGCUUGACACUGAUCAGGGUACCGGAACAAUUACCCUCCUAGUCGACUGUCGCAUCAUAAAUGAAAUAGAUCUACCACCGAUACCACUAACUGUGAGGGUUAUUUUAGAGGAUGUCAACGACAAUCCGCCAAUUUUCUCCAGCUCGAACUACAUCGUCAAUAUCACAGAGGACACGGCCAUUGGCACAACGGUAUUUAACGAUGCUAUAGCGACUGACGCUGACCAGCGGGGUGGUGGUAAUGACCAGAUAUCGUACAGGAUACUGCCCGGACCGAACUCAGACUAUUUCGAUAUCGAGUACCCUCUAUAUCCCGAUAUCAAACUAAAACAGCUCUUCGACUACGAGACGAUUAAAUCUCUCACGGUGGAAAUAGAGGCCAAGGACAACCCCGUGCGUGGUGCCAGUAUGAGCAGUAGCGCAACUUUGACCAUCAAUGUUGUUGACGUUGAUGACCUGAAUCCUACUUUCACUUUCGAUUUCUACACCGGAAAUGUACACGUCAAUGCAACAAGGGGUACCGUUGUAACGAUAUACCCUCCAAUCAAAGCUCAGGACGAAGACCAGCUCAAUACUCCUGUCAUCUAUUAUAUGCUAGAUCCGAAGAAUCGCUUCAUUAUAAAUGAAAUUACAGGAAAGAUUACUGUAGAAUCCCAGCUGUCAGAGACGACAUACUCCGCUGUGUUAAAGGCGGUCCAGCGUGACAACCCUUUACGAUACGGUGCAGCCUUGGUUCAAAUUGUUGUGUCGGGCUACAACUCCAGUGACUCAGAUGGGCCGUCUUUCCAACAAAAUUUAUACGAAACUACUAUCUCCGAGAGCCAGCCUUCCGGAACUACUGUCAUGACUGUCCCGGUGAAUGUUUGUAAUUCGAUCACAACCCUGAGUUAUACUAUAAUGGAAAGUAUACUGGAAUUCGCUGUAGACCAAAGGGGAAACAUAUUUUUAGUAAAGACGCUUGAUUAUGAUGGUCCCGACAAGGAAUAUAGGUUUACUCUCCAGGUGUCGGAUGGUAUACAUGUGGCGUCAACGUCUAUCCACAUACGGGUCCAGAAUGUGAAUGACAAUACGCCGGAACUGAGGAAUGACGAGUAUUCAGUGGAAACUGAACGAGUACAGGGAGCAAUCAUUACUGUUAUAGAGGGUUCAGACAAGGAUGCAAACACACAACUGCAGUAUCAACUAAAGACAUUCACGUCGUUGUUUGCAAUCAAUUCCGAGGGAGACAUUAGCAUCACAGCAUCCCCGGAUGAACUAUUGGAAAACAGUUACCUUUUAGUAGUCAGUGUGUCUGACGAUGGUAUCCCACCUCGAUCAACGGUUGCCCUGGUAACGGUGAAUUUCCCGCCACUUGAUGGUGUUGGUGUGGUUGGUCCCCAGGACGAAAUGGCAGACAGAGGAAAUGACUUGCUGGCUAUUAUCAUGGGCGCUGUGGCGGCUGUCCUCUUCGUAAUUAUCAUCAUCCUCAUCGUGUACAUUAUACGAAGAGUGUCGUACACUGACGAACAGCUAACCAAAGCGAGAUUACAGGACGGCCUUGACCCUAAAGGGUUGACCUACAAACCAGGCGAUCCGUCUCCUGAUCCAGUAGAAUUAGACAUGAAAUUCGACGGUGACCUUGAAGAAACGUCAGAUAUCGAUGGUGCUACAACCAUACAAGAUAAUCCUUUAUCAGACGAUAGGAUGAAUUAUGGAUUUUCAAAUCAUUCUAACGAUGGAAGUGGUGAAAUUCAACUUGAUACUGCUGUGAUUCCAUAUGGAAACUCAUUUCACAAUUAUGAAGAUCGUCAUACAUUCCAAAAUGGGAUGCUGAAAACAUUCCACGUCCCGGAGGGCAGUAGUAGUGGUGAAAGUAGUAACAGUGAUAGCACAGGUGAUAGUAACAGGGGUCUGAUGAAGAUCCGGCCCCACAAGUCGUCAUCCCUAUCAAAAGGCAAGAAACUUUCCUGGGGUGACAGCAACGACCGAGGGAGUUCGGAGGAAACCCUUCCAAAAGAAAUGAGAAAAUCCAAAGAAAAGCCAGAGAUUACAGUCUAUUUCUGAUAUUUCUCCAUGAAGACUUGUUGGUGCUGUUUAUUUGUGCAAUAUAAAAAACUGUCCAUUGUUUACUGUGCAUAAUUUAUGCUGUUGAGGAUGAAAUUCCGGAGAAUUAUCCGCCCAUUAAAUCGUGUGCACUGCCAGACCUUUAGAAAGCCUUGUGAUAGCGCACACACAACCAAAGGAUGGUUGUGUGCCGUGUAAAGUCACAAAAUGCAUGUGUAGUCACAAAAAGGAUUAUAUCUUUUUCGAAGUGAUGGUUUGUCAUUUCAGAGCACAAGUACUUUUCUGAUUGAAAUGAUGGAAAAUGAAUUCCAUGGUUGCGAACAAGAGAGGUCCUACUCUACUUCACAUUGCUGUACAAGACUUUCCGUUUUCGGAUAGAUCUUGGUAGCGGCAUAGAAACGUCAUAUUGGACUGACUGCUGAUUAAGUAGAGUAUUUUCGUACUUACUUGUAUUUAGUUUUAUACAGAGAGCACAAACUUGUUAUAAAAUCAGGUAUAUAUAUAUUAGGUUCUCUUUAACGGCCCAGAUGUAAUUAACAACACAGGACUAUGAAGUUACAUUACGGAGACAAUAUGUAAGCAGUGCUAUUGUUUGUAACGUUACAUUUACCAGUGUAUUACAAUGAGGAUACCAAUGGUUACAACAGUGUUUAUUUGACUUUUGUGGGUACUGUUCAUCGAGCCUAAUCCUAUGAAGGACGAAUCUGCAUACCAGUAUGUGUAUCUUAUAAACACUUGGAGGAGGUUACACUUAUAUCGAUAAGUAUUGUCAUACAUAAUGCAACCAAUACCGCGCACGGAACAUCAUUUGCAUGUAUGAAAGAUAAGCUAUCAAAUACUAUAUUCAUCAAACCGACGCUAUCACAUGUAACAACUUAUAUACCUAAAAAAGUAGAAAUUUGUAUGUAUUCCAAAUGUUGAAGGGAUGCCUUUAAUUGUGAACAACGGUAAUGGACAAUUAAUAUUAUUGGCAUACCUAUGUAGUGGAAUAUACCGAUGCCAAAUUAUUCAAUAUCGAAUCAUCAGUGAAAAGACGCUUGACGUGCCUGCAAGCUGAUGUUUGAUUACCUGGCCACUAUUCAAAAUUUAGUUUUUCGCUGGGUGUAUGAAUGUGUUAUAUAUGAGCUUACUAUGCAAAUGCACCUGUAAUGUACCUGAUAAUCAUCAUUUAGUUCUGGUAUCACUGUAAAUGAUUUCACAUACUACUGGUUUAGGCAUUCAUUCUGUUAUAAUAUUGUAUAACAUUCCCUUACGUAUAAGAUUCCAUCAUGUAUAUUCUGACAUCACAUGUAUACUGCUGUUCGAAAUAGAGACACAUCUAGAUUAUUAUCAUGCAACAUCUACCGUCUUGUAAAUCAUUUUUUGUCAUUUUGUUGAAUCCAAUCACGAUUGAAAUCCAUUUUUUUUUCAGAAUUCUUGAAUUAAUUGAAUGUCGGCCCCAUUAACUAUUAAAAUGGUAUGUAAACAUGGUAGCUCUUCGCGUUGUUUCAUAGGUUCAACACAGGUAAUGACAAUCUAUAAAAAACAUGUUUUUCUUGGAUAGGUUUGAAUAGCAGGAAACAAAGAACAUUUUGUACGCAUCACAGCAAGAAUAUAUUUUCAGUAAUAAAACAAAGGAAAGAAAAUGUCAGUCGUUAUAGAAAGGUUUUUGUAUUGUAAAGAUGUCAGUAGUCAUGCCAUCGGAAGGAUUCUUUAUACGUAAGUUUCCUAUAUAUACAGGUGCUAGUUAAAACAAGUUUGAUGCUAAAUCCAAAAAUGCGUAAGUUUUAUAGAAUGAUACUAUGCUGUUUCUUAACUUUAACGAAAUAUUUAUAUAAAAAGGGGCAUUCCUUCGUUUGCACAGUAGAAACAUGUACAAUUUCUAUUGAUGAAAGCUAUGUAUGAUUAAGGAUUAUAUGAGUGGUUGUGCCUACUAGUAAUGAAAUUAAUGCCGAAAUGUGCAGAAAAUGAAAAUCGUACACAAAUACGGUCUGUCUUUACAGUUAUUAGUGAUUCUUUGGAGUGAAUUAAGAAUUUUUAGGAUUUAAUACUUGAAGAACUUUGGCUUAUCGUAUUAAUGUGAAGAUUGGAUCAUUUACUACUUGGGGAAAAUGCAUAUCUUCGAUUAAGUUCCAUUUGAAACCUAAACAUUAUUCAAACGAAGGAAUGCCCCUUUGACAUAUUUGAGACAAAGGCUUACUGUUUGCGGACAACGCAAUGCGUAUUAAAAACAAGUGACAAAUAGUUUUCGCUAUUAUAGAAGAUAAAUUUACUAAAUUACAACAGCUUGUCAAAUAGAACCAUCAAAUCAAAUCGCAAAUAGAAAUUGAGCGAGUUAUUGCAUACACAGGAGACAGGCUUUUGCCAUUCCCUAGUUUUGGCUGACAAAUGGGAUUAAUUCAAAAACAUUUUAAACAUUCCCAUUUACGAAGAUUUUUAUACUAAAACAUUAUUUCUCUAUAUCCCUAUAUUCCACGAAGAAAUUAGAUUCUGUGAUACUGUAGAAUUUGAAACUCAGCUUUGGCAUAUAACGUUUCUUGAAACAUGAUCACGUGGCUGGUUAGAAUCAAGAAAUAGUUAUAGUAUUUUGAAGUAUUGCAGAAUAAAUCUUUUAGUAAAGAACGUAUAGUUUUUCAGAGACAAGACAAAAUUAUCUAGCCAGACUCGUCUUCUUGUUAGUGAUAGAUACGAGUUAAUUACUUUAAGAAAUGUGGAGAAAUCAUCUUGAAUGCCUAUGAUUAAUGAAUUGUCCUUAGGAUGUGAUAUUACUGAAUUAAAUAAAUAGAUACAUGUAUGUACAUAAAACCAAACGUAACAACGAAUACUUGACUAAUGUAUUUGUUUCAGGUAAUUGAGGGUUUUUGUUUGUUUUUUUUUAGUUUUAAUUGCAUUCAAUCUUUCAAUAUUAUUGAAUCUUAAAUUCGUUUCGUGUCAUUGUUUUGUUAUGAAGGAAAUAUUCUUUGUUCAUAUUGUCAAUUAAUUGUGCGAGAUAUCCGUAGUAGAAAAUCGUGCUUGUUAUUUAAGAAUAUUUAUCGUCUUUCGUCUUAUUAAUUACAAAGCUCUUAACGUUGUAGAAAUAAAUAUGAUUUUGAAAUAUCUUUAACCGUUUUAAUAAUAAGUAAUGUUUUCACCAAUAUUUUAUUUUAAUAUAAUUUCUUUUCCAUUUUUUAUAAUGUGCCCUAAACAUGUACAAUGGGCAUUGCAAUUUUUGUUUGCUUUUCUACAGGAAUGUUCUUGAUAUCACGUUGACAAAAUAAAAUUCCCUUAGCCAUUUGGAAAUUGUAACGGAACAUGUCAUUUUGAAACCGAUUAUUAAAUAAAGUAAUAUUUAAAGUUGUCAAAAUAAUUGUCAUAUUGGUAUUUUUAGCCGUACGUGUUAUAAUUAAACUGAUGAGAUUAUGUUAUUGGGAUGUAUCGGGGAGGAAGAUGGGGAAGAGGGAAAGAAAGUGGGAGAGUGGGGAGAUUGCAUACUGUUAUUGACUCAAAUGGAAACGUGAAAGUUACGUUACAUUGUACAACUUGUCAUGUUUUAGGAAAAUAAAUUUAAUACAAAAAGAUCAUUAAACUAUCAUAUGCGAAAUAUAGAAAAAAUGAUAUCGCAUUUGAAGUUUAAAUAAUUAGAGAUAAUUUUAGAAAUUUUCUAAUGAGUUUUCGGAUAUUCUGUCUGAUCUGUGGGAUAAAUUCCCAUGGUUUGUUGGAAGUAUUCAUAUCAUAUGUCGAAGUGUAUUCUUGUUAUUUGUCAGAUUUAUGACGAAGCAUUUACAUUUCGUCAAGGAUGUCAACACCGUUUUGUCAAAUAUCAUUAGAUUACGUUCAUUGUUUCGUUAGGCUUACCUGGUGUUGGGUACUAUUGAAUAAAUAUCAAGUUAAUAUCAAUGUAGAUUUGCAGAAUCUAAAAUGAUAUGUUAAUACACUUUGGUGUAUUAAGUACCAUUUUAAUGUCCAUGUUUUCUGUCAUUUAUCAUUUAAACUGGAACUAAGGUCGUAUCAUUUUCAUCACAAUGUUGCUAUUUUUUCAUCUUCGUUAUCAUUGUAUUAGGUAUUAAUCAUUGUUCAUUAUUGAAACAUUCCGUAUGUGAAAACAUAAAAUGAUAUUACAGAUCAAUUCUAGAUUUUAUAUAAAUCUUUCUUUUUUAAUAAACAGAUUUGAAACAAA